UCCAUGAAGGUUCUUUAUCUCACAACUUGCUCAGCUUCCCUGCUCCGGCUGCUGUAACCGAGUGCUACGGGCUGGGCAGCUUGAAGGACGAUCAUUCACCUACUGCGCUUCUCUCAGUUCUGGAGGCUCUGCUGUUGCAAAAAUCUGUUAAUGAAAAGCAGCACAUUCGAAGGAGAGGGAAGCUUUAUGCAUGUUGUACAUGUGGGAAAGCCUUCAGAUGGAGUACUGACCUGAUUAGACAUCACAGCUACCAUACUGGAGAGAAACACUAUGAGUGUACUAAAUGUGGAAAAGCUUUCAUCCACAUCAUUAACCUUAUUCAACAUUACAGAGUUUAUACUGGAGAGAAGCCCUUUCAGUGCAGUGAUUGUGGAGGAGCCUUUAUUCGGAUCUCUAAGCUUAUUCAGCAUCUGAGAAUUCAUACUGGAGAGAAAACUUAUGAAUGUAAUGAUUGUGGGAAAUCUUUUAGUGAGCGCUGAAUCCUUAUUGAACAUUACAGAAUUUACACUGCAGAGAAACCCUAUGAGUGUAGUGAAUGUGGGAAAGCCUUUAGACACAGUUCACACUUCAGUCAACAUCAGAGAACACAUGAUAUUCUACUGGCCGUGGAUAUCAAAAGGAAACUCUGUUUAUGUAAUGAAUGUGGCAGGGCUUCUCACCAAAAUGCACAUGUUAUCCAACAUCAUGUAAUUCACAUUGGUGAGAAACCCUAUGAGUGUAGUGCAUGUGGGAAUACUUUUGGUGCACAAUCAACUCUUAUUCAGCAUCAUAAAUUUCAUGCAGGAGAGAAACCUACGAACACAGUGAAUGUGGGAAAGCCUUUAGGCAGAGGACCCAACGUACUGAACACCAGAGAAUUCAUCUGGAGAGAAACCUUAUGA